AUGUGCUGGUCGACCAGCCGCCGUACUAGUGUGAUUGUGUACGAUAUUACGGCGACAGACGAAGCCAGCACUCGGGUGUCCCCAGAAAUCUCAUCUCUCCCACCGCCGACAACCUACCAGCCGACGGAUAUGAUGGCCCCGUGUGAAUCAUAUAAUUAUUAUCAUCAUACUCACGGGAUGGCGUUGAAGACGUCCGGAGUCCGACGGCUGUACUACACAUACACGGCCGGCGGCAGGCCAACGGAGUGUUGUAUACGUUUCGUUCCAGUGGACACGCCGGCGAGACGGCGAGCUGGCGCGUGUAUACGGCGCAGAACAAGCAGUGACAAUGACAUGGACCUCGAACACGGCAGCCGGGGGGCGCGGCGUCUGUUUGUUUUUCCGAUCGCGCACGUCAGGGGGUACGUUGCCGGCGGCGAGCGGAGUUAA